AUGUGUGAGCCAUUGAGGAUUUCUGAUAGUCUUUACAUUAUAAUGUUUUUGGUGCAGACCAUCGAGUUUACUAAGUCUUCGUCUGUUACUUUUUGCAAAUUUCAGCAUGAACAUGCAUUCGAACUUGUUCUCAGUUAUCCAUAUAUUCAUUUUCUUAGAUGUGCAGUAUGCAAUCAUGUUCUUUUCUUGCGAUUCUUUUGGCCUGUUAAUCUUUCAUUUAAAGGAGAAUCACCAAGCGGAAUUAAGACUAUUAUCAAAAAUCCUCAUUUUGUAGAAGGGUUAAGCAAUUGGUCCGGACAAAAUCUAAUAACCGCAGGCAUGAGUUAA